AUGACGGCGGAUGAAGACCCGACGGGCAGAACCAGCGCUUCGCAACCACCGCCUACUAGACCCGCAGGUGUGCUCUCCACUACGAUGCCGACGUACACCACCACCACCACUGCUACACCUCCGAUCACCACCCCUUUCCACCACCACCACCACCACCAACAUUACCAAUUUCGCUCCCCCGUCCCAGAUUGGAAAUCCGGCUACGAUCACGAGGGAGGUUUUGUGAAACCCUCUUCUUAUCUACGGCCGCGAGGGCUUUCGCAUUCAAUGGCCUCAACCCAGCCCGAGGGGGCGAUUGAUCGGGAAGAGCGUCAGGGUUUAGACCCGGUCCAUUCUAUCGGCUCUGCUGUAGACUGCCAUUCGCAACUUCCUCAAAAAUGGCAUGUGCCCCUCCUCCUCACUCGUUUCGAGUCGCAAUCUCCGAGCCCCUCCGAAGCAUCAGUUGCCCCGCCAGCGGGCCACCUGGAUCGUGAAGUCAAUGUGCUGACAGGAUGGGCAUGGCUGGCCCAAUCUACAGGUAUCGUAUCAGCUCCGCUAUGGGAUUCCAAAACUUCGACCUUCGCCGGUCUCUUGACCACUUCAGACUACAUCAAUGUUAUCCAGUACUAUUUCCAGAACCCCGCGGCUCUGGACCAAAUCGAUCAGUUCCGACUAGACAGUCUCAGAGGGAUUGCCUCAGAGGUGGAAAAGGCACUGGGUGUUGCACCGCCGGAAACCAUUUCGAUCGACCCGGAACGACCUCUGUACGAGGCCUGCCGGCGCAUGCUUCAAUCCCGGGCUCGGAGAAUCCCUCUGGUCACUAAUGAUAGUCAAACCGACCGGUCCCACGUCUUAAGCGUCGUCACACAGUAUCGUAUUCUAAAGUUUGUAGCCGUCAAUGUCAAUGAGACGCAAAAAUUGAGGAAGCCUCUGGGAGAACUCCGGCUGGGUUCUUAUCAAAAUGUGGCGACUGCGUCAAUGGAUACCCCUGUUAUAGACGUUAUUCAUAUCUUGGUGGAGCGAAGCAUCUCGAGCGUACCAAUUCUAAAUUCCGAAGGGGUCGUCUAUAACGUCUUUGAAGCCGUUGAUGUAAUUACUCUGAUCAAAGGUGGUGUGUACGACGACCUGAGCUUAACUGUCGGUGAAGCAUUGAAAAAAAGGUCUCAGGACUUUCCCGGAAUCUACACAUGCUCUCUUAACGAUGGUCUGGAUACCAUCUUCGACACAAUUCGCAAGUCGCGCGUGCACCGGCUGGUCGUGGUGGACGAGAACUUCCGACUAAAAGGCGUCCUUACUCUGAGUGACAUCUUGCAGUACAUUCUCUUGGAAGGCGAAAAUGACGAAUCAUCAUGA